UCAUAGGUGGCGCUGUGGGGACUGCCUGUAGCUAAGACGGCUUGCCAGUCAACUCAUCAACCUUCCUCACCUGCACAGCGUUGUGGCACUUUACGAAAAGUUUGCUUCAUGCACAACUCAUAACUAACUAAUUGACGUGCUAAUGACGUCUCGAAGCUGACCGACGAAGAGAAGUCAGUCGGUCAGUUUCGUUGGGCGUCGUGAUUUUUGGUCCCGCUGCUCGCAUGGACGUCUUCGAGGAGACGGCGGCGGCGUUCGCGCGCCAUGACGGCAGAACACAAGCGAACAACGCGGACGUUUGCGAGCAGCUGCCUCGAGCCUCCGUGUUGGUGCCUCUGUUCGUGAGGAACGGCAAGAUGCACACGCUCAUGACCCAUCGCUCGGCACUGCUGAGAACCAGCGCGGGCGAGGUUUGCUUUCCUGGCGGCAAGCGAGACCCCGGCGACAAGGACGAGGUGCACACCGCCUUGAGGGAGGCCCACGAGGAGAUCGGUCUACUUCCGAGCGACGUUCACGUCAUCUGCACGCUGCAACCCGUUAUCUCGAAGAACGUUCUCCUGGUGACUCCGGUGGUGGGCUUCAUCCCAGAAUCCUUCCGAGCUCGUCCCAACCCGGCCGAGGUCAGCGCCGCGUUCGCGGUCCCGUUGGACCUGUUCGUCGGACCCGCCGCUGCCGAGGCCGCGCCGUCGCUCUCCUUUGACUUUGUGGAGCCCGACACGGGAGCCGCGUACCGCAUUUGGGGUCUGACGGCCGCGGUGGCCUUAACGGUCGCGCUCGUCGCUCUCAAGACGAAAGCCGAGCGUCACGCGGCGGCGUUUGACGCCGACGGCUUGAUGCGCAGCCUCGGGCGGAGGUUGCGGCAAAGAAUGACGACGCUCAGUAAACUGUGAAUUGUCAUUUCCUGCGAUGACAAAAUGAACGUUUGCAUGUGUACAAAAGAAUCAUUUUUAUUACAAUAUUGUAUUUAAUGUAAAUGUGAGUUUGUAAUCAAGAUAAUACAAAGUAAUAUUAAAGGUGGUGAUUUUUCAAAAAG